AUGCCUUCUGACAAUCCACCCAUCGGCCUCCGCUGGCGAGCCAACACUCUGUUUAUCAUCUCCACAGUUGCCAUCGGUUUAUUCACCGACCUCUUUCUCUAUGGGCUUGUUGUCCCUGUACUGCCGUUCAUGCUCCAAGAGCGUAUAAACCUCCCUGAGAAUAAAAUCCAAUCCUACGUGUCUGGGCUUCUGGCCGCAUAUGCUGGCGCUAGCGUCGUCUUCUCCAUACCCGUUGGGAUCAUCGCCGACCGAACUAAUGCCCGACGAACGCCCUUCCUUUGUGGCCUUGCUGCCUUACUCGCCGCCACUAUCAUGCUGGCUCUCAGUAAGAACAUCUCAACGCUCGUUGUCGCCAGAGUUCUCCAAGGCACCAGUGCCGCCGUUGUCUGGACCGUGGGUCUAGCCAUGGUGCUGGACACUGUAGGACCCCGGAACCUUGGCAAAGUAAUUGGAUCGAUUUUCUCUUUCAUAUCGGUUGGCGAACUGGCAGCCCCUGUUCUAGGAGGAGUCCUGUACCGCAAGACUGGCUAUGGGGGGGUCUUUGGGUUGGGUGCAGCAUUUCUCGGCGUCGACUUUAUCAUGCGAAUCCUGGUUAUCGAAAAGAAAGUCGCGGUGAAAUACGACAGACCCCCGGUAGAAACACUCGGCCCUGGUGAUGCCGAAGACCGAGAGGAAGGAAUGGAUAGCGGAGACGGUCGCAGUGAAGAGGAACCUCUGUUGCCCAAAAACGGGGAAGGUAACUACCGCAUCCCAGAAGGUCAAAACAGGCUGGUCCGAACGCUGCCCAUCCUCUAUUGCCUAUCCGACCCCCGGCUUCUCGUUGCUCUUCUUGUUGCGUUCGUCCAAGCGGCCUUACUCGCCACGUUCGACGCAACUAUCCCCACCGAAGCCCAGACACUGUUCGAUUUCGAUUCGUUACAAGCCGGCCUCCUCUUCAUCGGCCUUGACCUUCCAUACCUCCUGCUCGGCCCCGUAGCGGGCUGGGCGGUGGACAAAUACGGCACAAAACCAGCCGCGGUCCUGGGCUUCGCCUACCUCGUCCCAACCCUGAUACUACUCCGCCUACCCUCCUCACAAAUCGCCCCCAACCGCACUACCAACGUCGUCUUAUACUGCGCCCUCCUCGCUCUCAACGGAGUCGGCCUUGCAAUAAUCGGCUCCCCGUCCAUCGUCGAGGCCUCGGACGUCGUACAAAAAUACGACAAGGCUAACCCGGGCCUCUUCGGUCAGCACGGACCGUAUGCCCAGCUUUACGGAUUCAACUCCCUGGUGUUUUCUGCGGGAUUAACGAUUGGACCGGUCCUGAGCGGGUCGCUGAGAGAUAGCAUAGGGUAUGCCAACAUGAACGUGGUGGUUGCAUGCACUGCGGGCAUUACGGCCAUGUUGAGCUUCCUGUUUGUUGGGGGACCGCCGAGGAUGCUGAGGAAGAAAGCGGAACUGAGGGAGAGAUAG